CAGCCCGGCCAGAACGGCCCCCGGGACAGAGCGACGCGGAACCCCGGGCGCCUGGGUCCCCAGCAUGAUCCUCGGUGAGUGGGCUCCGCAGCUCCAGGCUCCAGGCUCCUGGGUCCCUCUCAGCAGCCUGAGCCGGGCAGGGCCCCUCCCUCUGCUUCGGCAGACCCCCAUCAUGCAGCCCCCGCUGGACCUCAAGCAAAUCCUGCCUUUCCCACUGGAGCCGGCCCCCACCCUGGGCCUCUUUGGCAACUACAGCACUAUGGACCCUGUACAGAAGGCUGUGCUUUCCCACACUUUUGGGGGACCCUUGCUCAAGACUAAGAGGCCCAUCAUUUCCUGUAAUGUCUGUCAGAUCCGCUUCAAUUCUCAGAGCCAGGCUGAGGCACACUACAAGGGUAAUCGCCACGCCCGAAGAGUCAAAGGCAUCGAGGCUGCCAAGACCCGAGGCAGGGAGCCUGGCAUCCGGGAACCUGGAGACACAGCUCCCACAGGCAGCACCCCCGCAAAUGGGGAGGGUGUAGCCCCCCACCCAGUUUCCAUGGAGAAUGGACAGGGUCCAGCCCCAGGAUCCCCAGAGAAACAGCCUGGCUCCCCAUCCCCUCCCAGCGUUCCGGAGACUGGUCAGGGUGCAAGCAAAGGCGAAGCGGGGACUCCAGCUUCAGCUUCCCUGCCUGGGGGUAGCAAGGAAGAGGAGGAAAAGGCCAAGCGGCUGCUCUACUGUGCUCUGUGCAAGGUGGCAGUGAACUCCCUGUCCCAGCUUGAGGCACAUAACAAAGGUACUAAGCACAAGACAAUUCUGGAGGCCCGAAGUGGGCUGGGCCCCAUCAAAGCUUACCCUCGACUGGGGCCUACCACUCCUGGGGAACCAGAGGCCCCUGCCCAGGACCGAACCUUCCACUGUGAGAUCUGCAAUGUCAAGGUCAACUCGGAGGUCCAACUGAAACAGCACAUUUCCAGCCGCCGGCACCGAGAUGGCGUGGCCGGGAAGCCCAACCCGCUACUGAGCCGUCACAAGAAGCCUAGGGGCGCCGCGGAGCUGGCGAGCACAUUGACUUUCUCCAAGGAGCUGCCCAAGUCCCUGGCCGGCGGCCUGCUCCCCAGCCCCCUGGCGGUGGCUGCGGUAAUGGCAGCGGCAGCAGGCUCCCCGCUGUCCCUGCGCCCAGCUCCAGCAGCUCCUCUUCUCCAGGGACCGCCCAUCACCCACCCCUUGCUCCACCCGGCCCCCGGGCCCAUCCGAACGGCGCAUGGACCCAUCCUGUUCUCCCCCUACUGACCGGAACCCUGAACCCCCUCCCGCUCAAUGCCCCCAUCUACAGCCGGGACCCAGGCUUCCUCCUGGCACUCCCUGAAUGAUCUCUCUCCUCCCCGCCCC